UUUUACAAAUAUCAAAAAGAAAUUUAUUGCUGUCAACGAUUGUCAGUAGAGACAUUCUAGAGUAACAUCUGGUACAUAUAUCGCACUUACAUAAAUUAAAUGGAUGAAUGGAACACUGAGUACAACAGUCUUUUGUCACGACUUGCUACAUUUAGACGAGCUGUCACAGGUGCAAUUGGUGACGUGUACGUAUCUGAAUUGGCUGACGCUGGGUUCUUUUUUUCUACCCAACACUCUACCAUCAUCUGCAUAGGCUGUAGGAAAACACACGCCAUAUCCCACUUUACCUCUGAUCCAGCUGACAGACAGUAUCAUGAGAGAAACUGUGUGUAUGCCUCACAAGUCACUGGGUUUGGGGAUCAACUUGUUAGGGCAAAUGUUGAAGCUACAUCAGAUAGCAGAGAGAACAACUAUAAUGAUGUACAAAACAGAAUCUACUCUGAUUCAUCCUCUCGUCCAAAUCCUACACAAGUUGUUCAAGAAACCCUCCGUCCAGUUGCACAAGCCCAGGAUACCAGAGCAUACAGCCACCCAUCAAAUCCUGCUUACAUCACAUUGAAGAAAAGGCUGGAGAGCUUCACCCAGUGGCCGUCCACUCACAUUCAUCAGCCUGCAGAUCUGGCCGCUGCUGGAUUUUUUUAUGCUGGUUAUGCUGACUGUGUUAGAUGUUACCAGUGUGGACUAGGUCUAAAGUCAUGGAAACCUGGAGAUGACAUCCAUGAACAACAUAAAAAGUUUAGACCUCACUGCCCAUUUCUGCAGCUACACAUACGCUCUAGAGAGCAGCAAGGUGCUGGUCCUAUAGAUUCUACCAACCUUGUUAAUACUGUGCUUUCCCCAGCGGAUGAGCCUGAAGAGAAUACCAAUAGUCUUGAAUCCUCCUCCUCUCCUGAUGUGUUGCAGCCUAAUGGGUCUGAUCCUCUCCAGACACCUAGUCUACCAACCCCAGGCACCUCAACUAGUCCACCAACCCCAGCCACAACACAAACUGCAACAUCAACUGGUGCAGCACAUAGUGCACCGGCUGAAAACAUCAAAGUUGCCUUGUUAGAAAAAGAGAAUCGAGCCCUACAGAAACAACUAACCUGCAGAGUGUGCAAGCAGGCGCCCAUCAAAGACCUGUUCCUGCCAUGUGGUGAUCUAUAUGCCUGUGAAGAAUGUUCUAAGUCUUUGUCUCACUGUCCUGCCUGUAAUAAGCAGAUACUGGCCACUGUCAAGACAUAUUUUGUAUGACAGUUAGUGGUUAAAUACGUGAUGGUUUGUGUGUGAAAGUCUAAUUUUGCAAGUAUUUAUGACUGCAAUUUUUUAUCUUCUUUUUAAGAACACAAUAAAUAUUUUGCUAAUAUAAAUUUAUUUAUGGCGUUAAGAUGAGUUUUUAAUUAUGCAACAAGUGGAUGUUUGUACUGGGCAAAUAUCUGCAUGUAGUCAGGGCAUUAGUCAGGAAUUUAUCUCCUUAGAUAACCAGAUGCAUUGUUUAUAGACAGAUUUUUUAUCUAUGGUAAUGUUUUGUCAAUUUUGGUACUUUCAAUCUUAAUUUUAGUAUAUGUAAUGACUAAAUUUUAGGUUCCAAUGUUAGUUGCAUUUUCAAAAAUAGAGGUGCCUAAGUUUGCGUAUAAAAUGGAUCUUUCUAAAGCAGAAAUCAACAUUUAAACAUAUAAUGCUAUACAAUUGUACAUUUAAAGUAUGAGUAUUCAUGAUUUUAAAUUGCAAUGUGGCAGAAUAUGCUGAAUAACUUAAUCACUUAAUGGCUCUUAUUUUGUUUAAAUAGAAAAAAUAACUUCCACACCUAUUGCAGAUAAUAUGUUUUGAGAAAUAUUGAACUUGGCCAGUGCUAUCAUUAGGGUAAACUAUACUGUAGGGAAAAUAUAACUAACAGCGUGUUCAACAACUAAUAUUUAUUGACUCAAUCAAAAAUGUAUAUAAUUAGUAUUUUCAUGUGGUUUUCCAGCCCACAAUGGUAGGAAAAUAAAAUCUUAAAGAUUUUUACCUACCUACCCCAUCAGCAAGACAUCACAAAAAUCCAAAUAAUCUCCUCCUUCCUCCACCCACCAAAAAUGACAUCACAAAUUUCAACUAAAUUUUUAAAAAAUAGCCAUGUUUUCUAGAAAUCUAACAAGUUUUCUUUAUUUGAUUUUUAAAUUAAAUUUUAGACCCUAGCUUACCCCAUUCCCUGUACACAUGCAUUCACUUUUAAUAAAAAGUUUAAACAGUAUUAUUCUGUGUAAUAAUAAGCGAGGUCGGGUAUCACCCGGUGCAGCACUUAAG